UUUCCGGGACGGAACGACAGUCACACAUGGCUAAUGAACUACAACUGUGUACUUGCCUCCUCAUUGGUGCGCGGCCGAUUACCGUGAUAGGCUGUAAGUAGCUUUAGCGGAAAGGCUUCACUUCGGGAAGCCUCCUCGGAGCUCCGACACCAGUGUGAAGGUGUUUAAACGCGGCUACAGAUAUGAGCUAAACGGACACUUUGACCUCCGGAACUCUGCCGUGAAGCGUGUGUGAGUGUAGCCGACAUGGUGGAGGUGUUCUCCGGACGGACUCUGCUCAAUAAAGACGGGGACUUCGUGGACCCGGAGGAGGCUCUAAGAAACAAAGUGGUGGGGAUUUACUUCUCGGCGGGCUGGUGUCCUCCGUGUCGGGACUUCACGCCCAUCCUGUGUGAUUUCUACACGGAGCUGGUGGAGGAGAGCGAACCACCUGCUCAGUUUGAGAUAGUUUUUGUCUCCUCAGACAAGUCCACGGAUGACAUGGUUGAAUAUUAUCACGACAUGCACGGAGACUGGCUCGCCCUGCCCUUUACGGAUGAUUACAAGCAUGAGUUGAAGCAGCGCUACAAGAUCACAGCGGUGCCCAAACUGGUGAUCGUGAAGGAGAACGGUGACGUGAUCACGGACAAGGGCAGGAAACAGAUCAGAGACCGAGGCCUGGCCUGCUUCAGGACCUGGCUGGAUGCUGCAGAGAUCUUUCAGAACUUCAAGGGUUAGACACCCAACAGAGCUGAAGAAAACCAGUAAAAUCUCUCUACAGUCGCUGCUGUUCAGUAGGCCAAAGGGUCGCAGAAGGCUGCAACAAAUUAUAAUUCAGCUACACAAACUUGCAUGUAUUUAUUUAUUCUAACCAUAUUUCUUCUUGUUUGCUUUAUUUCUUGAGAGCGACUUGACAUUUUUUACUCGCGAAGCACUCUAAAAUCCUUCAAAUGAAACCAUCUGAUAAAGAAAAUUUUAAUUUUGGUUCAGUUGCUCACACGUUAUGGUCUGAUGAGGGAUUUGCUAGUAGAUAUUAAAGUUGCAGAGCUGCACCAAACAUCCUAUGCACUUAAUCUAAGCCUCAGGCAUGUCCUUUAGGGAAAAUAUAUGUUCCGUGUGACCAAUACAAGCCAGCUGAUGUACUCUGAUUAAUUUAAAGUACACUGAUGUAACUAGUUCAGCUAAACUGCUGUUAUUGAAUAGAUGUUUUCUUUCCAGAGAGCUUGCCUUUGUAUAUUUCUAAAAAAAAAAAAAAAAAACAA